AUGGUGCCCGAGGCAGGACAGGCCAAAGCUACCUCGGCCCCUUCAGCAGGAGUCUGGGGCCCCACACCACUGAUGUACCUCAAGUUCAACGAGCAGUACGUGCCCCACGACCCCAUCAUGUCUGGCUGCCUUCCCAGCAACUCCUGGAUCACCGAUGAUGCCACCCACUGGGCCAUGAAUGCGCCCACGGUGCCCAAGCCAACCAAGCUGGGGGUGGUAGGCUGGGCUUUCGGCUUCAGGGAGCUCCUGGGCGACCCGCUGGGCCGUUGCCAGCUCAUGGAGUUUCUCAAGAAGGAGUUCAGCGCCGAGAACCUGAUCUUCUGGGAGGCCUGCGAGGAACUGCGCUAUGGCGAGCAGGCCAGGAUGGCCGAGACCGUGGACUCGGUGUACCGGCAGUUCCUUGCCCCCGGGGCCACGCGCUGGGUGAAUAUCGACAGUCGCACGAUGGAGAGAACCCUAGAAGGAAUCCAGCGCCCGCAUCGCUACGUCAUGGAUGAUGCUCAGAUGCACAUUUACAUGCUCAUGAAAAAGGACUCGUACCCCAGGUUCCUCAAGUCUGAGAUGUACAAGACCCUCCUGGCCGAUGCCAUCAUCCCCCCGGAGGCAAAGAAAUGAGUAUUCCCAUUUAUGAGGAAACCAUGUCAUUCCAGCCCCAGCCCGGCUCCAUUCCUGCCCACGGGGGAGCAGGACAGCAGGAGCGAGGGCCCUGCCGCUCCACUCAAUGCACAGAAGGAGAGUUAA